AGUCGUCCAGACGACUUCCAACAUCUCAGACGACUCAGACGAUUUACUGGGGCUAUAUUCGUAAAAAUGGCUUCUGUUUUUUUGUUUGGUCACAAGAGGCUGAGCUGUAAUUUCACUAGGCUUUUAGGUUAGUUUUGCAUUUGAUUCAAGUUUGGGUAUAGGUUUGGGAUUAAAAUCAAGUUGUGGGUUAGUUUUGGCAAAAACCCCCUUUAAAUUUUUGGUCAGGUUUUAAGAGCUUUUUUGAUAUUUUCUGGUUAUUUUAUGUUACCUAUCAUGGUUCGGUUAAUUCACAUUUUAUACCACCUACAAGAUCUGUUCGAGAAUUUUUACAUUUCAAAUCGGAUACAAAAUAUGAGUUUUUGUUUCGAAUUCAGUUCCAAUCUCCGAUUCCGGUUUUUUUGCCCAACCUUAGAGCAUCUCUAAAAAGUAAAUCUAAGCAAAACUUCAAACUCAACUUUAAAACUAUUUGCAUUUUAUAAUAUGGUCAUUAUAUUUGUCACAACUAAUUUGAAUUCAUAAAACUUUUGUAAAUAACUAGCACAUAUAUAAAUAUAUUACAACAAUAUUAAUUAAUAAAAUAUUACAUUAAAAUAUAAAAUUUUAAAUAAAAAUAUCUUAAUUAAUAUUAACUUCAAACAAAAUACAUAUUAUUCCAUAAAAUGAUUUCAUAAUGCAUAUAUGAUCUACUAGUGCAUUCCGAAGUAAAAAAGGCUCUCCUCAUUUUUACUUUGUAGAUUACAAGCUAAAAGUUGCUGAAAUCGGGUGAUAUUAAUACUUAUAAAUGCAUUAAAUCAAAACAAAAAAGUAAAAGAGAAGCAUAAAAUAUUGCUAAAAGACUAAUUUUUAUCGAUGAUAUUAAUACUCGUGAAUAUAUUCGAUAUGAACAAGAAAGAAGUGUACCAAAAAGACAUCAACAAUAACAACAACAAUAACAACAACAACAGAAACUAUCUUUAGUUAAACAAACAAGAAUAUCUUAAUUAAUAUUAAACUUCAAACAAGAUACAUAUUAUUUCAUAAAAUGAUUUUCGUAAUGCAUAUAUGUUAUACUAGUGCAUUCCGGAGUAAAAAAGGUUCUCCUCAUUUUUACUUUGUAGAUUACAAGCUAAAAGUUGUUGAAAUCGGGUGAUAUUAAAACUUGUAAAUGCAUUAAAUCCGAACAAAAAAGUAAAAGAGAAGCAUAAAAUAUUGCUAAAAAACUACUUUUUAUCGAUUAUAUUAAUACUCGUGAAUAUAUUCAAUAUGAACAAGAAAGAAGUGUACGAAAAUGACAUCAAAACAACAACAACAAUAACAACAACAACCAUCUUUAGUUAAACAAACAAGAAAUUGGACAAUAUUUGUAAAUUUUGAAGGAUCCGGAUCAAAGUUACCUGACUAUUAGUGUUAUUGUAAUAUUUAAAUUUGUAUAAUAGUUAUGUCUUCAUGUAAUUUUUUAAAGCUUUUUUGUUAAGUUUCUUUUGUAUAUUAUUGUUGUCUAAAUCUAGUUUAAAAUAUUUUAAAUCUUAUUUUAAAAUUUUAUUUAAUUUUAUGUGUAAAAGUUAAAUUCUGUAAACAAAAUUUAAAAUAUUUAUGAGAUUUUGAUUAAAACAAUAAACAAGAAAAUAUUUAUAAGUCAUAAAUGUGUGUAUGUAAGGACCAAAAUGCAAAUAAAAAUAUGAAACUUCAAAUUUGAAGUUUUGAGCAGUGAAACUUCAAAUAUAAGGUUUUAAUUCCUAAAAUUCAAAUUUUAAAUUUCUUUUUAAAGAAUAAAAAAUUUCAUAUUUAAAGUUACAAAAUGUCUUUUGGAGAUGCAUACCCGUGAGCAUUGAGAUCAAUUAAACACCAAAAGUACGUUGAGAAUGAGAAAGCCAUCCACAUUAAAACAUCAGGUAGCUUCUUCAGAGGUCUCAAUGUAGAUUAGUGAGAAAGACCACAUGGGUAUUCACUGAUAAAAGACAAGUGGCAGUCAACAAAUCUGUAUACCAUUUCUUAAUCCUGAUUCCUAAAUAAAAAAACGUGUUUUAAACAUAGAGGACGAAACCUGUAAGUAAUAUAUCUUUUGCUUUACUACAAGAUCUAAAGACUAAUAAUAAGUUUUCUUCUAAAUCUGAAGUCUAAUUAUAUUUGUUUUCUGAAUCUCACACGUUUGAUACGUUUCUUUUUCUUUUUUUUAUCAACUCUCAUUCUAUUAUUGGAACUAGAAACAAACUAUAUAUAAAGAGAAACCAUUUAGACCAAUGAGAUAUUCUUACAUCAUAAAAAGAAGAAGAAAACUUGUAGCGUAACUUUUUUUUCUUUUCCUCAUGAAGACUUCUCAACGUCAGUUAUCUUCAUCUUUCACUAAACUCUGCGAGAGACUGUCCUCAUUCAGGAAUGGUGAGGACAAUAUAAGAGACUUAGAAGCUGUCUUUGCUUACAUGGAUGCAAACAGAGACGGUAGAAUCUCUGCAGAAGAGCUUAAGAAGAGUUUCAACACAUUGGGAGAUCAACUUUCUGAUGAAGAAGCUGAAGCUGCUGUUAAACUAUCUGAUAUAGAUGGAGAUGGGAUGUUAGAUUUUGAGGAGUUUUCUCAGUUAAUCAAAGGGAAUGAUGAGUUUACAGAGGAAGAGCAGAAGAGGAAGAUGAUGGAAGCGUUUAGAAUGUAUAUUGAUGAAGGUGAAGACUGUAUUACUCCGAGGAGCUUGAAGACUAUGCUGAUGAAGCUUGGUGAGUCAAGAACGAGUGAUGAUUGUGUAGUGAUGAUCAAAGCUUUUGAUCUUAAUGAUGAUGGAGUGUUAAGCUUUGAUGAGUUUGCUCUUAUGAUGAUGCGUUAAAGAAUCAGCCCAUCCAUUGUUGUUGUGGCUUUACUUGUUAAGUCUUUAUCUGCUUUUCUUGUUUGUUUGCUGUCUGUAAUUUGCUGUAAAUAUGGACUUUGCAAGCAAUAAACACACAUUCUAAUUAUAAUUUUUAAGUGUGUCUUUAGGCAUGGAAGUUCAGGUCAGGCUUUUUUAGUUCAGCGUCCUAUGCUCCAUUCGGGUAUUAUUCUAGUAAUAUGUCUCGUUCGGCGAAUAAUACUUUGGAUUCAUAUAUAAUUUGUAACUCAUGUCAAAACUCAUUUUGUAAUUAUACUUAUUUCUGAUUCUGGUUAUGUUUGUUUGUAUUUAAAUACUUUUAGAUAUUAUAUCAAAUAAGUAUAAAAUUGAGUAUUUUAUGUAAUUAUUUAGGAUUUAUAAAUUUAUAUUUAGAUAUUAUCUCUAUAUAUUAUUUAAAAUUUUACUUUUCUACAUGAUUUUACAAAAAUAUAUUAUAUAUCCAAGAUUAUAAACCAAAUUAAAUGUAACUAAUAUAAUUAAUAUGAUUUUAGCCUAUUUAAAAUUAUUUAUUAAUU